AUGCCAGAAGUUGGAGAUUCGGAUUUCCAAGACCUCGGAUCCGGAAAAAGUAGCACCGUAUCAACUGCCAAUCUAAAUAAUGUUGAUUCGAUUAACAACAGUGCGAUGCUGACACUCUUCAGCGAAACUGCUCCUGCGGCAACAGCUCCAAAAGCUGCGGUCAGUUCUGAGUCUGAAAAGCCUGAAAAAUCAACGGAACCCCAGAUUUCGAUUGAAAUAGAAAAGUAUGAAAAGCGAGGCGAAGGAAUGAAUGCGUAUAUCGCGUUUAAAGUUUUGACAAAAGUUGCAGUACAAUCAGGCCGAUUUUCGAAAAAGGAGUACGCGGUAUGGCGCCGUUUUAGUGAUUUCCUAGGUCUUCACGACAAGUUGACGGGCAAGUAUUUGACCAGCGGACACAUUGUCCCUCCGGCACCUCAGAAAAGCGUAAUAGGAAAAACGAAGAUGGCCAAGGGAACCGUCGAAGAUGAUCCGUAUGCCGCAGAGUUUCUAGAACGUCGUAGGGCAUCGCUGGAAAGGUACCUACGACGACUCGUGAUGCACCCUCUGUUGUUUCAGGACAUCGAUUUCUAUGAUUUCAUCACGAACGAAGCGGAGCUGCCGAAAGCAACUCAAACGGCGACGUUCAGCGGAGCAAGCGUUAAGAAAUUUCUUGAACGUAUGGGCGAUUCCUUGUCGAAGAUAACCAUCAAAAUGGAGGAAAACGACGCGUGGUUUAACGACAAGCAGUACGAAAUCGAGCAGAUUAGUGACAUGCUGAAAAAACUUCACAGUGAUAUGGAAAUGUUAGUGUGUAAUCGCAAAGGUAACUCGUUUUCGAUUUGCAUGCACGCGGCUUGUGAGGAGAACACAUCUUUGUCACGGGCGAUUUCUCUGUUGGCCGAGACUCUCGAAAAGGUUUCUCUGAACUACCAAGACCAAACGGAGAAGGACUUUUUUAUCAUUUGCGAAACAGUGCGAGAUUAUGUUGGUAUCGCCGACAGUAUCAAGGAAGUGUUUUACGAGCGCGUCAAAGUUUGGCAGGUAUGGCAGCACGCGCAACAAGCGCUGACGAAAAAGCGCGAGGCGAAGUGCCGGUUGGAACUGGCUGGACGCACGGAUAAAAUUCCUUUAGCAGCGAAAGACGUCGAAGAGGCUGGUUGGGAGGCGAAAGUGAACGAUGCCGAAAUUUAUUUCGAAGAGAUAAGUAAAACGAUUAGAGCCGAAUGGAAGCGCUUUGACAUGCAAAGGAUAAAAGAUCUAAAGCAGAUGAUGAUUCUCUACAUGGAAAGCCUUUCAGCAUCGCAGCAGCAGCUCGCUAAAUAUUGGGAGUCCUUCCUUCCGGCGGCUAAAGCUAUUGUCUGA